GCUUCAUCUCGCCAUCACUAAUUGUACUCCUGACCAAAAGUGUAUAUUUGUUUUUAAUAGGUUAUAUUCACCAACAAUUCUUACUUUGCGCGUAAAUACUUUGUUUUGAAUUCGGAAGCCGUAGGCAGAAUGUGCCAUUUUCUUUAAACUUGAAUUUUGCUUAUGUUUAUGUUAAACAGGGAGCAAGGUGUGUCCAAUCCGCUUCCUCUUCUCUGUUCCCUCACUGCGGCGAUGGAGAGCAACAGGUGCUCACAGGUGGGUUCGUGUUGUUCGUCCUCUGGACACCCUCACCGGGCGGCUCUGAUUCUGGCCCGGGGUGGCAGUAAAGGAAUCCCUUUGAAGAACAUCAAGAAUCUGGCCGGUGUUCCUCUCAUCGGAUGGGUCCUGAGAGCUGCCUUGGAUUCAGGAGUCGCUGACAGCGUGUGGGUUUCCACGGAUCACGAUGAAAUUGAGCGGGUCGCAAAAGUCUGGGGCGCGAAAGUUCAUCGCCGCAGUCCUGAAGUUUCCAAAGAUUCUUCCAGCUCUCUGGAGACUAUCCAGGAGUUCAUCCGACUGAGACCCGAGGUGGACAUCGUCUGUCAUAUUCAGGCUACGUCUCCAUGCCUGCACCCUCAUCACAUCAGAGAAGCCCUGCAGAUGAUCACCGAACAGGGUUGUGACUACGUGUUUUCAGUGGUGCGCAGACACCAGUUUCGGUGGGAGGAGGUGAACGAGAAAGGGAGUAAGAAUCCGACUCCUCUGAACAUCGAUGUGGCGCACAGACCUCGACGCCAAGACUGGUGUGGGGAACUCUAUGAAAAUGGCUCUUUCUAUUUUUAUACGAGAAAAGCCCUGGAAAACGGCCUUGAACAGUUGGACAAGAUCGCUUACUAUGAGAUGCUGCCUGAGCACAGCGUUGAUAUCGACGUGGACAUCGACUGGCCUGUCGCUGAGCAGAGGGUUCUGAGGUUUGGCUACUUCGGCCAAGAGGAGAAAGCGGCGAUCAGGCUGUUUCUGUGUAAUGUGUCUGGCUGUUUGACGAAUUGUCAGAUUUACACAUCGGUUUCGGGAGAGGACCUUGUGGCCAUCAAUGCUCGAGACGUGGCAGGCAUACAGAUGCUGCAGAGAGAAGAUAUAGAGGUGAUCCUCAUAUCCAGCGUGAAUGAGCCACUGUCCAGGGGUCUCCUGGAGAAAGUGGCCCAGCAGGCCAGAUGUGGCCUCAGGAUUGGAGAGCAGCAGAAAGGGCUUGAGGUGGAGCGGCUGAUGAGAGAGAAAAAUCUGCGGUGGGACGAGGUGGCCUUCAUGGGUUCAGAAGCUGAAGAUGUAGAUGUCCUGUCUCAGGUGGGGCUGAACGGCGUCCCAUGUGACGCACCUGUGGCUGAUCUCAUUGCAGCUAAAUACAUCUGCCAGAGACCCAGUGGCCACGGAGCCAUUCGGGAGUUUGCCGAGUACAUUCUGACGCUGGAGAAAAAGAGCACGUCACAGGGAGAUGUCUUCAUAUCAGUGUCAUCAAGGACAGUGUUGUGCAUCAGGAGUUUUCCAAUAACUACACAUUUUUGCUAGUCAGAGGACAUCAGGAAGGACACAGCUAAAAUUAAUCUGUAAUGUUUAAGGUGUGAUUCUGUUUAUGUAUGUGUGCAUGUAUAUUCUACUUUUCAAAAGUUUGGGGUCAUUAAGAUUUGUUUUAAAGAAACUGAUACUUUCAGCAAGGAUGCAUUGAAUUGAUGCAAAAAAAAUCUUUUUCAAAUAAAAGGUGUUUAUUAAACUUUCUGAUCUUU